AUGGCUACUAUUAGUCUCGAAUGCCUUAUUAAUUCCGUUCACGCAUUCGCCGGUCUUCCAAGAGAUGCAGUUAUUCAAACAAUUACAAUCCCCAGUGGGGCAAGAGACGAUGAUCUUGAAACUGAAAUUCGGAACCAGUUACCACCUCAAUUUAAAAAUGUCCCUUUUAUUAUUCGUGCACUCCACCCUGGUGGUAAUCUUCACACGCACGUGACCAAACCAUCUAAAUCAACUACUAAAUUGUCUCAUACGUCUAAUUCGGAAGAUAUAAUAAGUGAGGAUGACAAAUAUUUAUCUAAUACCUCGGUAAGUGUCUCAAAUACUGAAGUCUCACCUAAUAAUACGACUCAUAUCUUUAAUUUCUCUGAUGUUGAUGAGAUAGGUGAGGUAAGCGCACCCGAUAGUUCUUUAUAUUUUAAUUCGGAUCCUUUUGAUGACGAAAAUUCUUGUGAUAGGGACACUGACCCACAGACAAACACUCCAAAAUCAAACACCGGACUUGUAUAUGUUUUUGUGGACAAUUCCAACUUGUUUAUCGAAGGAAAAUAUACUGUUGGUCGCAUUGAACAAGCAGGCAACUUUGAUCACCAAAGAAAUUCUUACCAACUUAACCAGCUCUAUAUCGAUCAUGGACGUCUUCUAUCAACACUACUAAAAGGACGGAGAAUAGGCAGUAAUCCGGUGAUUGUUGGCUCCCGUCCACCUCCGAACGAUUCACUAUGGGAUUGGAUUCGAAAUCAAGGUUAUGAUGUGGUCGUUUACGAUCGUAUCGCAAAUAAAGAAAAGAAAGUUGAUAUGGAACUUGGAGCUUCCAUGUUGGAUAUCGCCCAUUUGAUGAAUCCUGGUGUAAUUCUUUUAGUUGCCGGCAAUGGUGAUUAUUAUCCUAUAUUAAAACGGGCCCAGAAAUAUAAUUGGAAGAUUGAGGUCUGGUUUUGGUCAUCAGGGAUAUCCGGUGACCUCAUGAGAAAUUCCUUUCUUUCCCUGGAUAGUCUUUAUCGGCAUUUCGCAUAUGCAUACGGACAGGACCCUGUAGGAAAAAAUUAUACCCUUGAAAUAACUGAUAGUGAAACGCUUGCAAAAUGGAAUGAUGAUAAAUUAAUGGAAUGUUUUGAUUCAUUAGAGAUAUUUGGAUGGUGGUUCAGGAAAGGACCGACUAUAUACUUGUACUUCGAUAACAAAAAAAAUUCGAGAAAGGCAAAGAAUUGGGUGGAAUCAAAUCAUCCGGAUGUAAGGGUUUGGGAAAUAAAGAAAAGAAAAAGUUGGUCAGAAUAA